UGCUGUCCCCCUGACCCCUUUGCUGUCCCCCCCCAGCGUGACCACCCCGUACAACGCCGACUUCGACGGGGACGAGAUGAACCUGCACCUGCCGCAGUCUCUGGAGACGCGGGCGGAGAUCCAGGAGCUGGCCAUGGUGCCCCGCAUGAUCGUCACCCCCCAGAGCAACCGGCCCGUCAUGGGCAUCGUGCAGGACACGCUCACCGCCGUGCGCAAGUUCACCAAGAGGGACGUCUUCCUCGAGAGGGGGGAGGUGAUGAACCUGCUGAUGUUCCUGUCCACGUGGGACGGGAAGGUGCCCCAACCCGCCAUCCUGAAGCCGCGCCCGCUCUGGACCGGGAAGCAAAUCUUCUCCCUCAUCAUCCCCGGGCACAUCAACUGCAUCCGCACCCACAGCACCCACCCCGACGACGAGGACAGCGGGCCCUACAAACACAUCUCCCCCGGGGACACCAAG